AUGAUUCGGAAUUCUGGUGUUUUUUCCUUUCUUGGGAUGUCUAUGUCAAGAACUUGCACAUCUGGAGCUGUUCUGCUUAUCUGGCUCUGUUGGUCUUCAUUUCUCAUAUCAGCACAAGAUGGAAUUACUGACCCUGCAGAAGUGAAGGCCUUGCGAGACAUCAAGAACAGUUUGAUUGAUAUCAAUAACAAUUUGAGUAAUUGGAGACGAGGGGAUCCGUGCACUGCAAACUGGACAGGGGUUUUGUGCUUCAAUGCAACAAAAGAGGAUGGCUAUCUACAUGUUAGAGAAUUGCAACUUUUGGAUAUGAAUUUAUCAGGAACUUUAUCACCAUCACUCGGCCAGUUAUCUUAUAUGGAAAUUUUGGAUUUUAUGUGGAACAAUAUUACUGGAAGCAUACCGCGGGAGAUUGGUUAUAUUAAAUCCUUAGUGAUUGCUCAUGAACUGAUUUAUUUAGUGUUGGAUGUUGACAACGGUGUCAAUGUGAAUAGAGUUGACAUUGCUACUAUUGCUGAACUACACUCUACAGUUGUUUUCUCUUCUAUUUUGAUGGAGUUGUUAUUUUUGCAGGCUCCUGAAUGGAAAUCAAUUGACAGUCACAUGAACAACAAUUCGAUUAGUGGGCAAAUCCCGCCUGAACUUUCCAGAUUACCAAGUCUUGUUCACUUCCUUCUGGAUAACAACAACCUGUCAGGAACUCUUCCGCCAGAGUUAUCUGAAUUGCCAAAGUUACUUAUACUCCAACUUGACAACAACCACUUUGAUGGGAGCACAAUCCCACCUUCUUAUGGCAACAUGACUAAAUUGUUGAAGAUGAGUCUCAGGAACUGUAGCUUGCAAGGUCCAAUGCCUGACUUGAGCAGGGUAGCAAAUCUUGGCUAUCUAGACCUCAGUUUCAACCAGCUAGCUGGACCGAUACCUCCAGAUAAGCUUUCUGAGAAUAUUACAACCAUCGAUCUAUCCCACAAUCUUCUUAACGGAACUAUUCCUGCCUACUUUUCAGACCUUCCUCAACUUCAGCUACUGUCAAUUGCAAACAAUUCAUUCAGUGGCUCUGUCCCCUCUACAAUUUGGCAAAGUAGGACCAACGGGACUGAAGGACUUGACUUGGAUUUUGAAAACAAUAGCCUUUCAAAUAUUUCUGGCAGUACCAGUCUCCCUCAGAAUGUCACGCUCUGGCUUAAAGGGAAUCCUGCUUGCUCAAAUUCCAACCUAGUCCAAUUUUGUGGAUCUCGGAAUAGUGAUAUGAACAAUCAGAGUUCAACAGAAACUAAUGUUACCUGUCUCACUCAAUCAUGCCCACCCCCUUAUGAAUAUCUUCCAACAUCUCCUACAUCUUGUUUCUGUGCUGCCCCUUUGAUCUUUGGAUAUCGACUGAAAAGUCCUGGUUUCUCAAAUUUCAUUCCCUACAGAUUCCCAUUUGAGGAGUAUUUGACCUCUGGUCUUAAAUUGCAUCUUAAUCAGCUAGACCUUGCUUCAGUUACAUGGGAACAAGGACCUCGAUUAAAAAUGCAUUUAAAGGUUUUUCCUGUCUAUGUUAACCAAAACAGUUCUCAUACCUUUAAUAAAAGCGAGGCACGGCGCAUCAUGAGCAUGUUCACUGGGUGGGACAUUCCCGACAGUGAUAUAUUUGGACCUUAUGAACUUCUCUACAUCACUCUGCUGGAUCCUUACAAAGAUGUGCUUGUCACCUCUCAAAAAUCUAAAAUAAGCACGGGUACUCUGGUUGGCAUAGUAUUGGGAGCCAUUGCAGUAGCAGUUACAUUAUCAGCAAUUGUUUCACUUCUUAUCUUGAGAGUGCGUUCGAGGGACUACCGAGCAGUAUCAAAAAGACGUCGUGCAUCGAAAGCCUCCAUGAAAAUUGAAGGUGUGAAGGACUUUUCUUAUGCUGAAAUGGCAUUGGCUACAAACAAUUUCAACAGCUCUAGUCAAGUUGGUCAAGGGGGUUAUGGCAAAGUUUAUAAAGGGAUUCUUGCUGAUGGCAGAGCUGUGGCUAUAAAACGAGCUGAAGAGGGAUCUUUACAGGGUGAGAAAGAGUUCUUAACAGAAAUAGAGUUGUUGUCAAGGUUACAUCAUCGGAACCUUGUAUCUUUGAUCGGAUAUUGCGACGAAGAAGGCGAACAGAUGUUGGUUUACGAGUUUAUGGCAAACGGCACUCUUAGAGAUAAUCUCUCUGCGAAGGCAAAAGAACCCUUGAGUUUUGCGACAAGAUUGAGAAUUGCUCUGGCUUCAGCUAAGGGCAUCCUCUACUUACAUACAGAAGCUGAUCCUCCAAUAUUUCAUCGAGAUAUCAAGGCAAGCAACAUAUUAUUGGACCCCAGGUAUAAUGCCAAAGUUGCUGAUUUCGGACUUUCGAGACUUGCCCCAGUUCCAGAUAUUGAAGGGGAUGUGCCGGCUCAUAUAUCCACUGUUGUCAAGGGCACUCCAGGUUACCUUGAUCCGGAGUAUUUUCUGACUCAUAAACUGACAGACAAGAGCGAUGUCUAUAGCCUUGGUGUUGUAUUGCUAGAGCUGUUGACUGGCAUGCAGCCAAUCUCGCAUGGCAAAAACAUUGUUAGGGAGGUUAAUAUUGCAUAUCAAUCUGGCAUGAUCUUCUCGAUCAUCGAUGGACGAAUGGGCUCUUAUCCUUCCGACUGCAUCGACAAGUUAUUGACUUUAGCCAUGAAAUGUUGCAGCGACGAGACAGAUGCAAGACCAUCAAUGGCUGAUGUGGUCCGAGAACUUGAAAGUAUAUGGCAUGUGCUGCCAGAAUCUGAUACUGCAACAACAGAUACAAUGAGCACCGAUACCGGAAGGGAAGUGAGCACUCCACCCCCUUCAUCCUCUCUAUUGAAGAAUCCUUAUGUGUCAUCAGAAGUCUCUGGCAGUGAUCUUGUUAGUGGAGUCGUUCCUACUAUCAAUCCUAGAUAA